AUGUCUCGGCAGUCUGUUUGCAGAAGCUUUGGAGGAGGGAGUAGAAGGGGCUACAGCUCUUGCUCUGCCAUUGUUGGUGGCUUUGGAGGAGGUGGCGGCAGAAGCAGGAGCAGCUACAGCUCAUUCUCUGUGUCCAGGGGAUUUGGAGGUGGUGGACGUUGUGGAGGGUUCACCAGCAAGAGUCUCCAUAAUAUGGGUGGCAGUGGAAGGAUUUCCAUGGCUGGAUGUUAUGGCGGUGGAGGCUAUGGAGGCAGGAUGGGGGGCUUUGGUGGAGGCUAUGGAGGACUAGGCAGCUUUGGUGGAGGAAUGGGUGGAGGAGGAAUGGGUGGCUUUGGAGGAAUGGGUGGUGGUGGAAUGUGUGGCUUUGGUGGAGGAAUGGGUAGCUAUGGUGGAGGAAUGGGUGGCUUUGGUGGAGGAAUGGGUGGUGGUGGAAUGGGUGGUGGAGGAAUGGGUGGCUAUGGUGCACCAGGAUUUGGCAUGCCUGGCUAUGGUGGCCCUGGUAGAGGUGGCCCUGGAAUCCAGCCAGUGCAGGUUGACUCAACCCUUCUACAGCCAGUGCAUGUAGAGAUUGAUCCCCAGAUCCAGCAAGUCAAAAACCAGGAAAAAGAACAGAUCAAGACACUUAACAAUCAAUUUGCCUCUUUCAUUGAUAAGGUCCGCUUCUUGGAGCAACAGAACAAGGUCCUCUCCACCAAGUGGGAGCUCCUCCAACAGCAAGGCCCUUCGGGGCCAAGGAAGAACCUCGAUGUCCUCUUCGAAAAUUACAUCCAGAACCUGAGGAGGCAGCUGGACUCCAUCUUGUCUCAGAGGGCACAGCUGGAGUCAGAGCUGCAGAACAUGCAGCAAUACGUGGAGGAUUAUAAGAGCAAGUAUGAGGAAGAGAUCAACAGGCGCACAUCUGCGGAGAACGAGUUUGUGGUGCUCAAGAAGGAUGUGGACAGUGCCUACAUGACUAAAGUAGAGUUGGAAGCCAAGGUGGGAGCUCUGACGGAUGAAAUCAACUUCCUGAGGUGCAUGUAUGAGGAGGAACUGGCCCAGAUGCAGACGAUCAGCCGGGACCUGUCUGUGGUGGUGUCCAUGGACAACAACCGCCACCUGGACCUGGACAGCAUCAUCGAGGAGGUCAGGCGCCAGUAUGAGCAGAUCGCCCAGAGCAGCAGAGCUGAAGCUGAGGCUUGGUACCAGAGCCAGUAUGAGCAGCUGCAGAGCACUGCUGGCAGGCAUGGGGACAACCUCCGCAACACCAAGAUAGAGAUCCAGGAGCUGACCAGGAACAUCCAGAGGCUGCGGGCUGAGAUUGAGAACGUGAAGAAGCAGAACCAGCAGCUGCAGGCAGCUAUUGCUGAGGCUGAGGAGCGGGGUGAGAUGGCCCUGAAGGACGCCAGGAUAAAACUGGAAGAGCUGGAAGGUGCUCUGCAGAAAGACAAGGAGGAGCUGGCUCGCUUGCUGAAGGAGUACCAGGAGCUGCUGAACAUCAAGAUUGCUCUGGAUGUUGAGAUUGCCAUGUACAGGAAGCUGCUGGAAGGGGAGGAGAACAGGCUGUGCAACGAUGGCAUGUCCAACAUCAACGUCUCUGUGGUCGGCAGGACCACCACCAUCUCUGGAGGCAGAGGAGGCAUGGGAGGAGGCUUUGGAGGCGGCAGCGGCAUGAGCGGAGGAAUGGGAGGAGGCAGCUGUGGAGUCGGAGGCAGCUUUGGAGGAGGCAGCUUUGGAGGAGGCAGCUUUGGAGGAGGCAGCUGUGGGCUGGGGGGAGGGAUAUACAGCGGGGGCUUCUCCUCGGGCAGCGGGAGGAUGGUCAGCUCUGGAGGUGGCAACUUCAGCUCCGGGGGGGGAUCGUCCUCCGUGCGCAGAUGUGUCACCACCACCUCCGUCAAGUCUUCAGGAGUGCGGUUCUGA